AUGGAGCUUUUCAAGUAUCUGUUUGGUGUUGUGGUGGCGGUCGUUUUGUUUUGUGAUGUUACUGCCCAGGGUCACUGGACGCCGCCUCUGCAGAAACCCCAACCUGCUCUUCCUUAUCAGUGGUCUCAGCAACAGUCGACGGUCCCUCCACCCGCAGAGUCCUUUGAUAAAUGUCAGGUGGAGGAGGGUGAGAAGAUCCAGUGUGGCGUUCCUGAUCUCACCGCUGAGCAGUGCGAAGCCAUAAACUGCUGCUUUGACGGGCAGCAGUGCUACUACGGGCAAGCAGUGACUGUGCAGUGCACCAGGGACGGCCAGUUUGUGGUGGUUGUGGCUCGAGAUUCCACCGUGCCGCCGACAGAUGUGAAUUCAGUCAGCCUGUUAGAGACUGAUGACGCCUCCUGCAGCCCUCAUGUCACCUCUGCCUUUGCCAUCUUUCAGUUCCCUGUGACUGCUUGUGGCACUAAAUUCCAGGAGAACGACGGUUUGGUGGUCUAUGAAAACCACAUGUCUUCCUCAUAUGAGGUUGGGAUCGGACCGAGAGGGUCAAUCACCAGGGACAGUCAUUUUGAGUUAUUGUUCCAGUGUAGGUACUCCGGCACAGCUGUGGAGGCUCUCGUCCUGGAGGUGAACGAUGUUCCUCCCCCUAUACCGGUUGCUGCUGCAGGACCCCUCAGAGUGGAGCUCCGACUGGGCAACGGAGAGUGUUACGCUAAAGGAUGUGUGGAAGAGGAGGCAGCAUAUGGCUCAUUCUAUGCUCCGUCGGACUACCCGGUCACUAAAGUGUUGAGGGAACCACUGUAUGUAGAGGUACGUAUCCUGGACCGGUCUGAUCCAAACAUCAUCCUGAACCUGGAGCACUGCUGGGCCACGGCCACUCCGAACCCCCUCAGCCUGCCUCAGUGGGACCUUCUGAUUGACGGGUGUCCCUACGAAGAUGACCGAUACCGGACCACAGUGGUUCCCGUGGAUGGCUCCUCUGGGCUUGAGUACCCAACGCACUACAAACGUUUCAUCAGUAAGAUGUUCACGUUUGUGGAUGCGGACGCCUUCACUCCUCAGAAAGACACGGUCUUCCUUCACUGCAGUACAGCGGUGUGUUAUCCGAGCAACACAGACUCUUGUGAGCAGCGGUGUCACAGACGACGGAGAUCGGUCGCUGCAGGAAGAAAUGUUUCCCCAAGCCAGCGAGCUCUAGUCUCAAGCGGUGAGGUGAUCCUGACUGGGCAGAAGUCUGCAUCUGCUCUGAACACCAAACAAAACAGUUGA